AUGCGAAAAAAACCCACAAAAUUAGUGAAACCGAAAAAAUUUACGGGCUCAAUGGAUAGCAUUGGUGCGUAUUACAAACGCUUUUGCGAUAGAAACAUUCACGACCCAUUGUUUGAUUGUUGCUGCGAUGCCACCACUAUUGAUACUACAAUCAAAAAUAAUAAUGGUGACCGUGAACGGGAAGGUCGAGGCAGCAGCAGUAAUAAUACCGAAAACGUAACGCGGGAAACUGACGACGGCACCAACGAAAUGAUGGAGAACUUCAGUAAUUUAUCGGUGACGGGUUCGAUGGAAUUCAGUGUCGACAGUUUCGGGAACGGUGGCGGCGGCGGCAAGCGGAAGAAACGACGAAAAAAGUCGGCGAGCGAAGGAAAAUUACGCACCGAAAGCAGUUUAUCGAGCAACAGCAUGAAAUGCGCGAAACAAAAAUAUUUUUCCACGAGUGAUUUGUCGUCAGUUUUUGGUAAAAAUCGCGCGCGCAAAAACUACAACGGUCUCUCGGUGAAAAAUAUGAAUUUAAACCAUCAAUUUGUGUCGCUAAAGAGCCAAAUGGAGAACCUAAGUUCGAGUAUUCCGGAUUUGUCGAAGAAAAAGUUCGCCCAGAUCUCGGAUCACGACAAGAAAAUCCUGAGUCGCAUGGUGAUGAAGCGUCGCAAGGAGAUGGCAAUGAUCGCGGAUGCCCAACUCGCGCGGCAAUACUGGGAACAGGAGAAAGUCGCACGGCAACGCUUCAUCCAGGAGCAAAAUCAGAGUUAUUUCAAGACGAUUAAGGAAAAACGCGAAUUUGAGGCGGCCAAAACGCGUCAACGCAUGGAACAAAUCGAGAAAGAGGAACGUGCUCAAAUUGAGCGACUCAAACGUGAACUUUUCGAAAAAGAGGCCAAAACUGAAUCCCUGUUAAAAACCCUGGAAUUCCGUAAGGAGAUGAAAAUUUAUCAAAAACGCCAGCGGGAACUGCAAAAAGUCGACAUGAAUUUAGUGAAUCAGCAGGAACACGAAAUGAACGACACGAUUUGGCGACAAAUACUUAUAGAACGCUUGCAGCAACGCAUUCACCGCGCCGAUAAUUUGCGCCAAAAGAUCAUGGAUGUGUACAAGUGUCGCAUUCAGACGGAUAAUCAGCUUGAGCAAACGAUUCAUGCGGCGAAUUUUGAUGAAGCGAAGAAGGUGGAGCAAUUUCGGAUGCAACAGUUGCGCGAAAGGAUCCAACAUCGCGACCAAAAGUACAAGGAAUUCGUUGAGCACAAGUCACGACUGAUAGAGGAGUCGCAACAAAAGGCCAAAAUUUCGGCGGCGAUGCGGGAACUCAUCAAAAGGUCCGUUAGUCCGGAAAAUAUGUUCAAAAAUGUCAAACCCAGUGGCACAACUAAACUCGAGAGACCCAUUUCUAAUUUAUCGCAUUGUGAUAGUCACUUUGUCCUAGGAUAG